GCAACAAUGGGUGAACAUGGCGACGGUCUGUGAUUUUGAAAAAUUGCGUCCACGCCGAAGUCAUCCGAGCUUGUACUGCUCCUUUUAGUCAUUUUAGACACGCUAGCGAAUUCACCGCUGUAUUUAUAUACGAUGGACGACUUUGAUGUGGUAUUGUUCAAACAAGGAGCAGAAGCGAAGGUAUACAGGGGCGUGUACCUCGGCAAGGCGGCAAUCUUCAAGGAGCGGUUCGUAAAAAAGUACAGACACGCCGACUUGGAUAAACUGCUUACUGCGGAGAGGAUCAAAGCUGAAGCCCGUGCCUUGCGAAGGAGUCGGCUAGGCGGCGUCCCGGUGCCUGCGGUGUACUUUGUUGACGUGACUUCAAGGCUCAUCGUCACCGGGUUCAUUGAGAACUCCGAAACCGCGCGCGAUUCCAUCGUUGCUCUUCAGAGGGACGCCACAAAAGACAACAACAAAAAGUGUUUGGAGUUCCUAAUGGACAAAAUUGGCGAACUGAUAGCGCUCUUGCACAAGAACGACGUCAUUCACGGGGACCUGACUACGUCCAACCUGCUGAUCCAGAACCGCGACUCGCCUAAACCGGCCAUGUACGUGAUCGAUUUCGGUUUGAGUUUCAUCAGCGAAACUGCGGAAGACAAAGGCGUCGAUCUCUACGUCCUGGAGAGAGCGUUUCUCAGCGCGCAUCCGGGGAUGGAGGUUCCCUUCCAGCGCGUUCUCAAGAGUUACUGCAAGCACUACGGCCACAAGGCAGGUGACAUCAUGAAGAGGUUCGAGGACGUGAAACAGCGUGGUAGAAAGCGAACCAUGGUAGGCUGACGCAACGAGUUACGUUCGCUGGGUUAUCACAGUGUGCUCAGCUCGUUUCAGCAACAUCAAUGAGGGCCUUUCACACAGCAAAAUGUGUUUUUUUUUUUUUUUUUUUUUGUAAAUGCUUUUUUUUAUUAUUAUUAUUUUUAUUGAGAAAACAUGACAAUCCACAAACAAUAAAUGCAACUGUGACUUUAUUUUAGGUGUAAUAGUAAUCAAACCUGUACACAUCAGCCUUCAUCAAAUCUCAGCAGGUGUCAACUGCCUAUGCCCAUUGGAGAUUAACUCGAUUGUGACCACAACUUGAUGUCAGGUUAGGUCAUUCGUAACGGUUAAAAAGAGCAACAGGACAACAAACAGAAAGGAAGACGUGGCGCUGUGUCUGUGUCUUCCUUUCUGUCCGCUGUUCUGUUGCACUUUUUAACCAUUAUGAAUCACCAACUCGCCCAACUCUCCACCCUUGUCAGGUCACUGUUGGCGAUUGUUUUAUGUGUGCCGGUCUAGGAUAUCUUUUAUGAAGAAGGUUCUCUUUUGAGCACGGAGUCCAAUGGACAUGGGCAGAUGGUGCUCAGUGUCGGACUGGCCAUCUGCGCUGUGCCUCUGUGGCUUUGAUCUUCCUAGAGUACGGCGUAAGAUCCUGUUGAUUGAUGAUAUGCUUGGCAAAGAAUCCCGUGGGCAGACUCCGUCGAACAGCAGCCGUUCUCGGAUCUCCCACGCAAAGAGGGCACCAUUUUCUUGCUUGUACUCGCGAAUCUUGCGAAUCACCAAUGGUGUUGACACUCUGGGCUUGCUGCCACCUGCAGGAAAGUUUUCAGAUUUAAGAGACUGGACAUUUGGUUAUCAGAAGGGUAACAGUCAUGUCUUAAUUCAGUUUGUGAAAACUGAUAGACUUCGGAAAUGGCCAAUAAAUUCUGACAGUUUUUCUUCCCGGCUUUCCCUUCCCUCCUUUCCCGAUUGCUGCCAGUCAAGCGAACUAAAUCUAAGCAACUUCACUGAGUCGACCCCAAUGCUGCUUUUCUGCCUAUUAUGGAUUAUCUUGUCCCCGCAUAUUCCUAAAAAAGGGGCAGCUUCUUUCUUCUUCCAUCAGCAGGUGCAAAAAACAAAUUUCCCGCUGAAGAAUAUUUGGCAGGUAGGCUUUUAAUGGCAUGAACGGAUUUCCCUCAGUAUAAGUGUGGGUGUAGACCUAUUGGCAAAGGUUGGACAAGUUCAGUGGCUCAAUCAUACUAGAGGUAAGACUGCAGGCUGCAAUGCUUAAGAUUUGCCGGAUGACGCUCUGACCUUGUCUGUCUUUUCCUUUUCAUUCCCUAUUCCUGCUCUGUACUGUGAUGCAUAACAAUGCUGCAGGGGCCAGGAUUCCUUUAUACUACAAGCCAGAAUAAAUAUACAAGCUAACUUAAUUCUUAAUGAGCUUGAAUGCAAAUUAAGUACCAAGAGUUUGGUCAGGCCUACAUGACUUUCUUUAAAGCUAUGUCUUAAACCUGAAACAAUACAGUAGACAUUGGCAUCACUUUCCCACGCAGCUGAAAUGAAUCUUUUGCUUGGCCACUUCUCCACAGUAUUGCAGUGCACGUUGGUGUAAGUACUCCAGGGUAAGGAAACGUGCACCUCUAUGUGCUUCUUUUGCUUGCAUGCAUUCCGUUGACGUGAAGGCGCUUCAACUGCAUGGUGUCACCUUUUAGUCCUUGUUUUUGGUGGAAUAAAAUGUAGCAGACUUUUUGUGGAAACCUA